ACGUCUGUACGAAUGCUCGUUACGCAACAGCGAGCGCAACUUGCAAUUAAUGCGAACAAGUUGUACAAAUGAAGAGCAACAACAACAAAGGCGACCGCGACAGCCCGAUAUCCGAGAUGUUACUAUUCAAUUACGACAUAUGUCAGAACCAAACGUAAAUAUGGUGAGCGAUCGUACAGCGCAAGAACGAUAUUUACAAUAUCUGUCAGGAAGAGAAGAUAGCUUUAUGCAUCAAAGAAAUGGUAAUAUCGAUGAUAAUGAUAAUGAUAGUGAUAAGAGAAAACAGAGUAGCAGUAAUGAGUGGGAAGAAUGGAUGAGGAAUCAACCGAUCAGUGUCCUUCGAUUGGAUCGAACGGAACGGCUAGUCUUAAAAAUUGGAGCAUUCGAAUAG